AUGCCGGAAUUCUCUACGGAGUCUCUGAGGACGAAGAUUAGUAACACUGUUCAGCUUGUAUUUCUUGGUGUCGGUCUGACUCACUUGUCAAAACGGGCUUACUCUGACAACUGUUACUUCUCCUUCCUGAUCUCAGAUACGCAGAGGAUCCUCGACAGGAUGGACGACAGCGAGACUUACAUGAAUAUGAAACGCACAUAUACUGGCUCAGGGGCACCUUCCCGAGACGAUCUGACCUGCACCGACACCGAUCUGAACAUUCGGAAAGUCGAACGCCUCACCAAUAGACAAGCAGAUGAUCUGGACCCCACCUACUCUCAGCUGAACUUUCACCAAAAUGAAAUUCCCAUCGCUAAGGAAGAAAAUCCUCCUAUGGCGCCGAGACCAGGAGAAAUGCCAACGACUGCUCAGGCAGAUGAUCUGGACCCCACCUACUCGCGGCUGAACCUUCUCCAAAAUGAACUUCCCAUCGCUAACGAAGAAGAUCCUCCUGUUGCGUCUGGACCAGGAGAAAUGUCAGUGACUGCGCAGGCAGACGGUCUGAACUCGACCUACUCAGUGCUCAAACUUCCUAAUGACGAACAUAUCACCGAAGAGUAUGAAAAUCCUCCCAUUGCCCCGGGACCUGCGGAAAUGUCAGUGGUUGCACAGACAGGUCCGCAUAAAGAGCAGACGAACGAGAACAUCGGAAAUAGACCGGACCGUAAGUUCUGCCUACUCUGCCUGGUUACGUUCGUCCUCUUCGCGACGGUGGUCGGGCUCUCGAUCCAUGUGUCACAGAUUCGUCAGUCUCAGAUCACACCCGACAGAAAUUACUAUGAGUUAAACUCAACCCUUCAAUCCAAGAUAUCCGAGAAUACCCACCUUAAUUUCUCCCGGAGAACCUGUCUGAAAAAUCUCUCUGGGCUCAACUCUAAUCUAUCCGAUCUUAACCGAAUGCACAGCGAUCUCCGUCACAAGUUCACGGAGAUGGAAACGAAGUACAGAUCUGCCAACGAAAUCAAGGCUCGAAUCUGUGAAUUGAAUGUGGACUCUAAUCUCCUGCACAAGUCCUUAUGCCGGUCCAGCUGCAGUAAAUGCAACGCGUACCGGGGCUACAAUCCUUGCAAAAGUAAACGCAGAUUCAUCUGCGAGAAGUCGGCACAUUUAUACCCGGAUAUUCCUGCAGAGAUCCGAGGUCUCUGUCAACACCCCGCGGGAAAGACUUAA